AUGGGUCUUAUCCAUACCUCCAUAAUCAUCGUCAUCGCAGCAUUUCUAGCUCUGGCUUGGAGCCAGGACUGUCGAUACGAGUUCAUUGUUCCCGAGGGAAAUGGUCUGUCCUGUAGUUCCCCCGAUGUCGGGAAAAUUAACUCGGAACUCAAUACGGCCCGAGAACGUGCAAAUUCCGUAGCGUCUACUCUGGGGGCUGAAAUUUCUAAACUGCACACCAUGUCUGCAGAAGUUCAAGACCAGAUGAAGACGAUUUCCCAGGAGCUCCUGACUAUGAAGAGAGAUGUUGGCAAGAUGAACAACGCGAAUGAAGAAAUGGAACAAUUGGAACAAGCUCUCUCCCGCAUGAACGACACGUUCGGCAGUGACUUUAAGUACCUGACCAAAAAAGUAAUGGACGUAACAGCAUCCCUCCAAAUGCAACUGACGCGACAGAUGGACCUCAUUUCGGCUCUUGCCGCCGAAGAAUCAUCGCAAAGACUGGUGUUGGACAAGCAGACGAUCACUUUGAAUGAAAUUGCCGAUGUACCCCAGUUAGCAAAGGGAAUUCAGAACGAGGUGAACUAUGUGAAAUCCCGUUUGGAGGGUAUCAAUGGGGAGAUAUCAGUCACAAAGCACGACCUUCAAGUAGUCAAAGAAGCUGGCCAAAAAUCCGAGGAAAUGAUCAACUCUCAAAUUUCUAACCUCAACAUGAAAAUGGACGGGUUACAGUCAAUUUUACUAGGAGUAGAUUUAAAAGCUAUGCAAAAUGACAUAGCAUUGUUAAAAGGAAAAUUGAAUUCACUGGACAACACACUGGCAAACCAUUCUAAACUCCUAGAGGGAUUCAACCCAUCUCAACUCCAUAUCAAAAUGGCGGGAUUUGAAGAGGCACUGGGGUCGCAACGCGAAAUGCUGAGUGAUCUGAAGAAUAAAACAGAAAACUCGAGUCCAGCUGUCAUUUCCAAAGAACUGUCUACGCUCACUGCUUCUGUGGAUAAAGACCGAGAGGCCACGAGUAACAUGUGGAACGGGCUGUGGAGCCGCCUUAACAGCUUGUCAAAGAUGGUGGACAAUUUGUCUCGUGAAGUUGCUCAGCUCAAAACCAAGUAA